AGAAAAUGAAUUUAUCAUCUUUAAAUGGAUGUGUUGACUUUCAGUAGUGCAUUUUAGUGCAGGAAGCUGCAUUUGUCUACGUGCCUUUCACCUCGUAUGAUCUCUCAUCCAGGCUACAUCAGCCUCGCAGGCACUGCGCAGCAUUGCGUUAGUCUGGGGACUUCUCUGUAACAGGUGAGCAGUAUCACAGCUGCCUGCUGAAGUUCUCAUCUUUUAUCCUGCAAUUGGAUGCUCAGGCCCCGUGGUGGGUGAAUUCUUUAGAGGGAAACCAAGUUAUUUUUGUCAUCCGGUGUUUGAAAUUUUUAAAAGAUGGGUGGAUUUUUCCAGAUGUUGAGAAAGAGGAAGGAGCUGAUCCCCCUGAUAGGAUUCAUGGCUUUUGCUGCAACUGGUGCCACCACUGCUUCUAUCUACUUUCUGUUUACUAAACCUGAUGUUAUUUUAAACAAGAGCAGAAACCCAGAACCAUGGGAAAGAGUGGACCCAACAAAACCUCAAAAGCUUGUCACCAUCAAUCAGCAGUGGAAACCUGUAGAGGAACUGGAGAUGGUGAAGUCCCUUACCAAGUAAAAAAGAAAAAAAAGGAAGCAAAAAACAAAAGGUUGUUAUUUUCUGUGAAGAUCCAGACUUUGACUACAUGCCUGCCCCCCAUCAGUCUAACAGAAUCCUUUUCGCACAAACUAGGAUGCUUUGACACAGUGUGCGGAAAUGCUUCUGCUCCACUGGUGGGGUUUCACCCUGCUCUGUAGUGGCAACACAAAGACGUCCAUCCGCAUCAACAGAACAAUGUGUAAUAUGAACAAAUGUAAAUGUAAAAAAGAAAAUAAUCUAACUGGAUAGCUUUAUUUUUAGCGAAUCAGUUGUGAAUAUUUUUUGACAGGCAGUGUGGUACCCAUAGCAACCCAGAUGUCCUGUGUGUUAAUGUGAAUGUUCAAUAGUGCCUGAAUAUAAAAGACACAAUGUCUAUGAAAUGUACUGUACAUUGUCCAAUAAAUUAUACUUCUUAACAUUCA